AUCGAGCCCGUUUCGUGUGUUUCGCUUCAUUUAUCUUGUUUAUUUACGUUUGUUAUUUAACAAAACUUAUUUCGCCGACUAUUUUACUAAACUCAACUAACUAUACAUCUUACCAGUGUUGUGAAUACAUGUGAUAUCAUUUUGUGUUUGCAAAAAUUAAACUUGCAGUGUUUGUUCUGUAGUUUCGUUUGUCGUUUUGUGUUUAUUUUGAAGUUCGAACGUUUGUGUGAUUCCAACUGGGUGGUUUAACUUCGAAAAUCAAAAUGCUGACUGUGACGCCACGCGCUCCGAUUGGCUGUGGCGCGCCGUAGCAUCCACUCCCGCUCCGUGAUUGGUGGAAAAUGUCGGGCCUGCAAGCGCGCGGCGAAGACGUCAUCAAUGGGGUCGAUGUCAGAGAGCAGGGCAGCGCUUUAAGAGUGGCGACGAACACUCCUCACCUCGUGAGCCUGGGCACGGGCAGGCUGAGCACCGCGGUCACGCUCCAUCCUAUCAAACAGGGUCGAGUGACCAUCGGCUCAGACCCAACCUGUGACAUCUACGUAGUAGGCACCGGGGUCGCCAGCGUACACUGUCGCGUUGAGAACUCUCACGGCGUGGUCACCCUAUACCCCACCAGUGGGAGUACGUUACUAGACGGUCUGCCGGUAGACAAGCCCACAAGACUGUCACAAGGAAGCAUGCUAACAAUAGGCCGGUCCAACUACCUCCGCUUCAACCACCCCGAAGAAGCUAAACUCAUGAAGUCAGUCCUCCCCUCGACCCGCGUAUCCAUGGCUCCCGUACAAUACCAGCCUAAUGAACACUGCGCGCAAGGUUACCAAGACCAGAACCAAUGUUACCAGAACGCAAACAUCCAAAAAAUCUUCAAAGACACCAACCUCCAGCAACUCGACCAAGAGUUAGACAUGACUCUCAACGAAAUAGCCAAGAAAAAACCCCCCGUAGCCCCAAGAAAAUACGCAGAAGACGACCAACCAAAAAUGUCCAGUAUUAUGGCUAAAGUGUCCAAAUUCGAGUAUUACGCCAAACAACAGAAAAUAGGCAGAAGCCAGUUUUACACGACGAACGAAAUAGAAAUCUCACCCAAAGUAUUUAGCUCAAACUCGUUAACAGUAAACACGCCGGCUAAAGAUGUGUUAGGUGGGAGAAACGUACCUAAUUAUAUGAAGAAUACUGAACAGAAGAUUAUAGUACUUAAUGAGAAUAAUACGGAGAAACGGCCGUAUGCUAAUGUAGCUUUAAGGAAUAAGAAUAAGAUAGAGGAUAUAGUCAGGAAUUUCGAUGAGAAUUCGCGCAACGAUUUUAAACUUAAAAAGGUUAACAACGACCAGAAAGACAACAUCUACGGCAAAAUCAACAACACAAAAGACGAAAAAAGUAACCUAUCAAAUAAAGAAGAGAAGAGACCGUGUCUGCCCUCACCAGCCUUCGACAGGAACCCGCAGUAUUCCCCAGUAUACGCGAACAGCUACGACAGGAGCUAUGAGGCUGAGAACAGGAGAAUCAGGGCAUACCAGGAUAGGAUAAAGGAAGAGGAGCAGAAAGAGGCAGAAACAGCACGUUUGGAAGAAAUACUCAACAUGUGCGCAGAGUACGAGAGGCAGAUCGCGUCAGGUUUACCUAUAACGCCUACAGAAAAGCGGCCCCACAACAAAAUCAUCACAAAUGGAUCGCUACCGAGAAGCGUCGCUUUGAACAACCCUAAUUUUGUGCAGACCAGCGAGGGUUAUUACAAAUUCGAAACUAGUCACAACAAGAACAUGUCCCAAUCCCUACCUGCCCAAAGAAACGUAUCCAGCUACGAAAACAUAGAGCCACUAACACCCGAGGUGACCAUAGAGCAUAGAGGCCGCAUGGACGAGAUCGGUAUACCUGUGUUCGAGGACGAAUUGUCCAGUCCUGUGCUUAUUAGGAAGCUGGAUAAGGUCAAUUCGCCUAUAGGUAGCCCAUACGAAAACGUGUACUAUAACCGAGGAAACCUCAAGCCAAAAUCGCCAAAUUCUCAAAGCCCUCGAACGAGAAUAAAGACCACUUUCGCUCACAAAAAUCCCAUCCCAUCGCCGCAAUACUUCAUAUUCCCUACCCCACCACCAAUUGACAACUCGAAAAAACCUAAUUUUAAUAUUCCCAAUAAUACUCAUACUGAAGUUAGUGAAAAUAAGGAAAAAGUAAAUGAAAAAUUUGCUGGCAUCGAAAAACAACUUAGUUUAGAAGAAGAUAUACCUAUGAUAGACGAUGCUGAUGUAACUAAUGAUAUCGAACAAAGACAUUCAACUAUAGUUACAGAAAAAGAUGACAUACAACGACAAAACUCAAACAAUUCCGAAUCUGACGAAGUAUUCGUAAAUGAAAACACUUUAACGAAGAAUCAAAGUUUUGACGACGUUAAAAAAGAACUAAUGGCAGAUAUACCAGAAUUAGAAGAGUUUGAGAAAGAUCUAGAACAGAAUAAGAGAGAGAAGAUGAUACGACAAAUACAGGAAGGUUUGAAACAGAUAGACGUUGAAGCUGAUUCGAUUGACAGUAAUUUGGACGUGAAUAUGUCGGACUUGAAAAGUAAAUGUGACGGUCUUAAAGAAGAGAGAAAGAAGCUGGUGGCUAAGAUACAUGAACUGAAAUGUAAGAUGUCUGAAAUAAGAUCACAGGAAGAUGAUAUUCUGAGAGAGCUCGAAAUGGAGAAAGCCUUAAUAAAAGGUGAAUACGACUCGGAAAUAGCCAUAUUGAACAUAGAACAGAAGAAGAAGAUGGAGCUAGCCGAGAAUGCGAAGAAGAUAGAGGAGGAGAUAAAACAAUUGAAGGAGAAACAAGAGGCGAGACAGAAGGAGUUGAAAGAGAGAGUCGAUAUAGCUACUAUGAAGGUUGAGUGGAUAAAGAAGGACCUAGACAACGGGGCGACGGUCGAAGAGCUACAAAACGCGCAGGAUAUUCUAGAUAACGAGACCAAGAUAUUCGAAGACCUGGAGUUCCAGCAUUUGGAGGAGGAGUCAGAAUUACUCGCGAACCGAGAAGACUUACAAAACGAAAUAAUUCAGCUAACAAAGAAAAUAGAAGCGCAGAAAACAAGAAUACUAACACUCAAAUCCGAAGCCAAUAGCAACCUAACUUCAGCUUUGGACGAAACUAAAAUACUACAAGCAGAGUAUGUAAGACUACUUAAUGAAGUUGAAGAGCUAACUGGUAAAGUACAAUGUGUUGAAAAAGAGUUGAAACCUGUUGUAGCUAAAUUGAACGAACUAGAAAGAACACAAUCACCAGAUAGUGCUUUCUAUACAGAUCAAACUAGAGCUAAAUCAGGAGAAUUCGGUUAUUCGCCGCAAAGCAGUGACAGCGACGAUCUAGACGUAAAAGUCACACAAUUCGAAGAACACACUAACCAACUAAAAGACAAAUUUAACUCUAUCGAUCAAAUGUCACAAUCAAUGAUUGUAGAUAUCGAACGACGAGUUUGCGAUGCAGAUGACGAUAACGAAAGUCCGUCUAAGUCUUCAACUUCUAAAGAGAAGAAAGGAUUUUGGGAACGGAAUUUCGAUUCGUUGAAAAGGAAGAGUAAAGACAAAAAGAAAGAGAAGGUCGACAUUAUGUCGCAGAGUUUGAAUGAGAACAUGUUUUACAAUAAUGAUACUAUUGAAAAUGAUGUUUCUUUAGAUAGGUUUAAUAGCUUGAGACAUUCCAAAGGCAAAAACAAAAACGGCCCAGUCAAAAGUGCGUCGUCGUCGAAGAUCCCGACGUUUGCGGCUCUGGGUAAAAUUAUCAAAAAAGACUCGUUCGGUAAGAAAACUAAAGACGUGAAAGUCGAAGUAAAAGACGAAGAACCGAAAAAUAGAUACGUCAAAAACGCGAAACCUAGUUUUGAUAACAAGUACGUUAAAGCGAAAUCACUAUCGCCUGAUAAACUGAUGAAAGAAGAUGGUAUAAAAGAGGAAGAUGAAGAUCAGAAGCCAUUUGAAGAUAGAACUAAUAAAAUUCUACAUAGGAAAAGUUGUGGUGAUGAGCCGAAUGUCAGAGAGUUUAAUAGAAUAUCAGAUUCAGGGAAGGUUCCAUCGCAAGAUGAUAUAGAUAGGAUAUCGAAGGUGACUAUGGACGCUCCUAUACUGUCGAGUGAUACGGAUAUGAACUCUUUGGGGAAGAGAACUUUGGAUAGUUUGAUGGAGAUAGAGAGGAAGAGGAUGGAGAUGUUGGAGGAACAAGGUUGCCAAGUGAUAGAAAACGAGCGAGAGAAGAUAUCGGAACUGAAACGGCGCGUGCAAGACGAGACGAAGAAGCUAUGGGACCAGCGCGCGCGCAGCGAGCAGGCCAAGUCUUUUGACAGCGACUGUCAAAGCAUCGAGGUCGACAGGACGUAUGGUGACAUGGCGGAUGACAGUCUUAACAUGACCAACGUCUAUGAGGAGAGUUCCGGAUUUAUGUCAUCGUCAAUUGAAGAGCUCCAAGUAAGAAACUCUCACACCGAGUCUACAGAAGACGAGAAACGCAGCGAUGACAGCCGACCACUCAGCCUCGCCUCCGACUUUAGCCGAGACAACAUUUUGCCUCUCCAAAGCGGUCCUCGGCGUAAUAGGCGGUGCGUGGCGCCGUACAGCGCCUCACAGCGCCCUCUCACCCGCUACCUGCCUGUCGAUCGGGAGGACUUCGACCUCAGGCGCCAUGUUGAAUCCGCGGGUCACCAGAUCGAGCUGUGCCCCCACGUGACAGUGACCGCGAGCGCUUGCCGCGGCUAUCUGCAUAAACUUGGUGCCAAGUUCCACACCUGGUCGAAGAGGUGGUUUGUGUUCGAUCGGGAGUCGAAGACUUUUGUAUACUACUGGGAUAAAAGCGAGAGAAAACCGCGGGGCGGCGCUUACUUCCAGGUGAUCGAAGAAGUAUACCUCGACCACGGUAACACCUCAAAAUCUCCAAACCCUCAGACCACCUUCAUAGUGAAGACCCGACAGCGUCGCUACUACCUCAUGGCGCCAUCUGGCGAAGCGGCGCGCAUAUGGAUCGACGUGGUAUUCACCGGCGCACAGGGAUACACGGACUAUCUCGACUGACUCAUUUAGCGUUUAGGGCUCAUUAAGACGAUGCGAGAACUCGCAUGCGAGUGUUAUUACAUUGCGGUUUUUGAUCGAAUUGAAUUGGACGUAACCGACAGUCCGCAGUGUAACUAAAAUCGCAUGCGAGUUCGCGCGUCGUCUAAAUCAGCUCUUAUGCAGACAUUGUACACAAAAAAUGCUUAGGGCACUUUUGGUCUGAACUUUUCGGACAUUUUAACACGAAUUAAGUGGUUUCGUCUAGCAAACGGAAUUAGGAAUUUUCGGUCUCAACAUUGAGGAUUUUUUGCCUGUAUUAUGGACAUUUUCGUGUGUUUAGCAAAGUGUUUGUCGGAAAGUUUUGGUCUGAACAUCACUCAUUCAGCUUAUGUGGACAUUUUCGCCUUGUUGGCAGUCUGAACAUUGCGGACGUUUUAGCCUGAAUCGUGUAACGGACAUUUUCGUCGGAGUAACAGUUUUUGUCGAACUGGUUUGGGGCUCUUUUAGUCUGAACAUUACGGAUAUUUUAGCCCGAAUGGUUGAACAGACAUUUUCGUCUGGUUAUUAAAGCCUAUUGUGGGUUUUUCAUUAUAGACAUUUAGGUCUACCCACAAAGUUAGCGAAAUGUUUGAAGAUCCUUACGGACAUUUUAGGUUGUAGACAUUUUGGUCGGAACAGGGUGCGUGACCAACGUGCAAUAGUUAUCGCUCCGUAGCGAACGAAACAUAACUAGUAGGUAGUGUGGAAGAGUGACAGAGAGAGAUGACUACGAUACGCUGCGGAGCGUUAACUAUUGGCACGUUGGCUACGCACCCAUACGUUACAAUAUUUAGGGACGGUUUGCAACUGUGCACACAUAUUUAUGUUACAAAAAUAAUUGCCUAUACUUUUAACGCUUCUAAAGAAUCACUGACUUAGAAUCCUGUGUUAUUGAAAAGGUUUUGAAACUGAAUAUGGCUUCAGUUUUUAGAUGUCCUUGGGUUGUUAGUUUUAAUAAAACUAAGCUAAACGGCACGAUUCGGGAAAUGAAUUAGGGAUUCACUAGAUAUGAAAUAGUAACGAUCUAUAAUCUUUACUAUAUCAUGAUAUAUAUUAUAUGAAAUAUAUAUUAUAUAUAUCAUGAUAUAUAUUAUAUGAAAUAUAUAUUAUGAUAUAGUAAAGAUAUAUUAUCUGUACUAUAUUGUAUCUAGUUAAUCUCUAAUACAUUUCCCGAAUCGAGCCGAAAGAAACGAGUACUAAAACAAUUUGCUGUAAUAUAUAUGUUAAUAAUAACAAAUAGAUAAAGUGCAAGAUCACACCAAAAUCAAGCCUAAUAUGGUAUUUAACUAUACUUGUAUGAAUGAAAAUACCCCGAUAUUUGGAUCGGUAGAUAUAUAUAUUUUAAUUUCGCAAUUGUGUGUUUUUAUAUCGAAUAUUUUUAAUUCGCGAAUAGAAAAAUCACAGUAUUUUUAGUAUAAAAAUAUAUAUAAUCUGAUAUAAAUUAAAAUUAUCAUUAGGUAUUCAUACCUUCGACAAUAAACAACCCUGUGCCAAGCUUUGUAUGAUAUAAAUAUAUUUACAUGGCAGCUUUAUACCAAGGUAGUUUUGGACGAGACUCACAUAUAUUGCCACUAAGUGCUACGGGUUACGCUCGUAGCGCGUAGCCACGUCUUCGCCGUAUGAAGCGCGUAGUCGCUACGAACAGUGUACCCGAUAGUCGGGUUCUUGGCGCUGAAUGUGUUAACGUAGUACCGUCACGUCACACAUAUAAAUGUAACAUAAUAUAACACGCGUUACACUAAGUCUCUUACGAUAUACGUGCGAAAUUUUCAACGAGUGACGAUAACACGACCGACUCCUUUCGGUUUUAAAUCGACACGAGUUGGGAAUUACCUAUUCGCACAUGUAUCAUACAACGUUUUACAGUACAUAUGGCUAUUUAUUUUCGAAAAUAGUUACGUAAUGUGCUAAGUAUCGCACUAGUGCGGUAAAGUAGCACCAUAUGUACUAUAAAGCCUAUACGUGAAAGUCUGAAAACAUCUAAUAUAUAACUUUAACCCUUUGACGGUUACAAUUUAACAUUAACCGCCCUGCUUUCCGAUAAGGUUUAAUGUUACAUCUUUUACAUAAUAGGCGUAACCUUCAAGGGGUUAGAAAUAUGUAACUAAAUCAAAGUGAAAUAUUUUAAAUAUAGCAAAGAGAACUUGAUAUAGAGGCCUAUUGUCAAAACCGUCUUCGGGCGAUAGCGCCGUACCUUUGGCCUAUACUCAUGAUGGCGACACUUUUUGACAUUUAACAAAUUUAACACAUAUUAGUGAAAAAAACAAGGAUCAAAAUCAAAUGGCGUUCUAAAGUUUUGACAGGCGGGCGAAAGAUGGCAGUUUUACUCUGGCUAUAAAAAUUACUUGGACAAUCCGCCUCUAUACUAAAUUCUCUUUGUAAAUAGACAAAAAAAAACUAUACUCAUCCCUUUUUCUCGGGUAAUAAUACGAGAAGAGAGACAUCACGAUUAUCUCUAUUAUGGCUCCUCUAUACGAUGGACCAACGCCGCGCCGGCCACUCCAACGGACGCAUUUAUGCGUUAGAGGGAGCAAGUGAUAUUGCCAUCUCUCUCUGCAUGGCUGCGUCCCUUGGAGUGGAAGGCGUUGGCCCAUCGUGUAGAGGAGCCUUUUCAUACACCGUUCUAUUAGAUACACCGUUCUAUAUUGUGUUACGUUUUCUCUUGUGUGACGUUACAUUGAUGAGUUUCGUUCUUUAACACUUUGACUACCGAGAACCCGCCUGGUAGGCACUCGUAAUGUUUGCUCAGACAACCCGCCCAGUGGGCUGUUUUGUACGCAGAUAUAGACGACCGGUUUCUGGGGUAGUGCGCCGUUUUUUGCCCGGUUGCGAAAGUGUUAAUAUAGUGCCUUGCAAGAGACUGAACAACAAAUCUGUGUUAAUGUACAAUUGUAUUAAAAUGUACCUUAAUUAUGCAGUCAAUUUAUAAUGAAAUGCCAAUUGUGUAAGUGCUCAGAUUAUUUAAGUUAAGGACGUGUUGAGAAUUUUCAAAUGUACUUUUAGAGUGUUUGAAAUUAAACCUAAUGCAUUAAUGAUUAAGAUCUAAUUUAGAAGUACACUUAAAUAGGUACCUAACGAAUACCAUUGGGUUGUCAUGGUUUUCAGUAAGAUGUAAAAAAUAAUUUCGACUCCAUAUUAGUAGCCUUACCACGAGUUAGACGAUUUUCGCUAGCGUGUGCGUUUCUUACUUUCUAUGCAUCUCGCUCGUACUGGCAUAUUAGUGCAAGAGGUAGAAAGUAAAUCAUGCAGACGUUAGCGAAUAUGUCCGUUCGCUAGCGUGUGCGUUUCUUGCUUUCUAUGCAUCUCGCUCGUACUGGCAUAUUAGUGCAAAAGGUAGAAAGUAAAUUAGGUACGCAGACGUUAGCGAAUAUGUCCGUGUCAAACUCGUGGUAAGGCUACCGAUGCUUUAUAAGAAGUCUGACAUUUAGAGGUGUUUAAGAGAGUUUCUUAUAUAUGACACUCGUGCAAUGCGAAACACACCUAACUGUAUUAAAAUAAAGUUCAUAUUCGCUAUAUAUUCGCGGUCAAAGAACUAACUUAUUUUUUAUAAGCACGCUUAUAUAUCUAAUGUUAAAGAAUAAUAAUGUUACCAUUAUUAGCUAUAUAUACUAUGUAUUAGUGGCAACUUUACAUUGCCCAAACGCAUGUUUGUAUUAACUUUGUAACAUUGUCGAAAACACAGUAAGUAAAUUGUAAUACAGUAGAAUCCGCUUAAUGACAUCAAAGGGAAGUGACAAACACGUCAUACUAAGCGGAUGUCAUAUAAAACAAACUUGUACAACUUCUUAUUUUUGUUGUUUUCCAAAUUAAUCUCAAAUUUCUUUAUGAGAAAUGAGUUUUAUUAAACUUGUAACAAAUAUCAUCUUGCCGAAACUAAAAUACCUUACACACCACGAACGCACCAAACGUCCUCGCAGGGAAAGACGUGGUGACCGCCACGAAAACCAGCGAAGGUGUCAGUAUAACCGGACAUAAUUUCAUGGAAAUAGGAUUUUUAGGUCAUAGUAAGCGGUUUGUCACUAUAAGCGAAGUCAUCUUAUCCGAAUUUGUCACAAAGAAUUUUAUAUGAAAACCAAACUUCGCACAGUAAUUACGUCAUAGUAAGCGGUUGGUCAGUAUAAGCGGAGUCAUAAUAAACGGAUUCUACUGUAAUUUAACUCUUUCAACGAUAUUUGUCAUAUACAAAAAUAUCACUCACACGCCAACCUUCGAUUCUGGUGAGAAAUCUUCAGAUAACUAUAAUAGCUUGAAACUAGCAUACAUUGGUAUUCCCAAAACUGAAACGGAGACGUUCGCUUUGCUCGGUCGGUUAUAAGAUGUAAUUAAAAAACACUAUUUUGAUAAUACACGGUGUAACAUGAGUAAACCGAAUAAUUUUAACAGCGUAUUCCUGAUCAUAUUUAGAGACAAAAAUGUCCUAUAAACUUUUUUGAUAUUCGCCUAGUUUCAGAGAUAUUAUUAAUUUAAAAAAAAAAUUUUUUUUCACUAGUUUUUAUUGUUACAUGGUGUAAAAGGCAUUUUUGAUGGUGAUGUUGCUGCUUAAGGGGCGUAAUCUAAAUAUCCUUAUUGAUAGAUGUCAAAAAGUGACAAGUAACACUUUGCAAAAAGUAGGUUCUACGAAAAAAAAAUGUAAAAAUCAAUUUUAAGUGACAAGUUUACCAAUGACAUUUAUUAUUUAUGUACAAAUACAUUCAAAAAAAUGAAAAAAAACGAAACAAAAAAAAAUUUUUUUUUUGGCGAAAUUGACCUAAACUCAUAUUAAAUUUUUUACUUCUUUUGACCUCCGAAAUGCGUGGUUAAAAUUAUUCGGUUUCCUCAUGUUACACCGUGUAUAUGCAAGAGUAGGUAUUAAAAUGUCAUUUUAUGGAACUUGCUAACUAUGUAAACAAACCGUCAUACUGAAAUCAUCAUUCAGUGACAGUUUCAGUAUGGUAUGUUUACAUAGCAUGUUCUAUAGAAUGACAGUUUAGGUACCUAUUGUAGUUUUUGGUCUAGGAAGACAUUAUAGUCUGUCCCCCUUAUUCAUAAACGUCUACUAAAGUUGACAAGCCGAUAAUAAUCGUUUGUCCCUUUCCGACGUAUUGGUAUGAUGGAAAGGGACAAAUGAUUAUUAUCGGCUUGACAACUUUAGUAGACGUUUAUGAAUAAGGAGGUGUCUAGGUAUUUUAAUAAAAGUAAACAAAAUCUACCCUCAAAGGGCUCCUUAAGCCAGUUGAGGGUAGAUGAAAACAUUACAUGAUUAAAUAAUGUAGGUUAAAGUCGGUCGUUCAGUGACAGAUCCAGUCGGUUUUGUAUUUGGUUGGUUAACAAAUAAAUGUUAUAACUCCCUUAGAGAAUAUAACCAAACGGAGUGGUUAUUAACAGGCGUUCCCCUCUGUUGAAAAAAGGCGGCCAAUGGUCAACCACAUGUCAAACAUAUGUAUGGACUGACGUUUAUCUGACAUGGCUAUGUUGACGUUACAUAUACGUUUGAUGUGCCCCUCCCCCGCGAAAAACGGCAGACUAUUUUGUACCGAAAAUUAUAGACAUGGCGUCUUCGUUGGUUAUAUCCUCUAUGUAACUACCCUAAAAUAUACAAAUUAUUUGUUUACUUUUAUUUAAAUACGUAAAGAUACAGAGUAUAGGCGUUUGUGGUGUUGAAAGGGCUAAAAUAUAUAAAACACAGGCAUUAUUGAAUACUACUUAUCUUGAGAAAGUGUGAAAAAUCGAUAGUGUAUACAUAAGUGGAACGUAUUGUAAUAUUUGUGUGAUUCGUUUGUACAAUGAAAUGGCUGAAACCAAUUAUUUUAGGUCAUAAGGUCACAUUAUUAACCAAGCAAGUAAAUAAAGCAUUUACAUAA